CUCCCCUUUUGACCAAUGGGAUUCCCUGACCUCGCUCUGAACUCCACCAGAGCCAUUCGAUUCUAAUCUACGAAGAUGAAGCGAGUCCGUGACGUAGCAAACUGAUCAGAAGUACAUAGAGAAAAGAACUGGAGUAUAUCUCUGCGUUCUCAUGCGAUUGACACCCAUGUGUGCCGAUGAUCUUUUGUUUCUUGAGAUGUGUGUGUGAUGAUGAUGUUGGUGAAGCAAAAAGCUGUAGAAAUACUCGACAGCCCCUGGUUUUUUUGGUGUGUCGAGUGCCGGUUUAGGAAGAACGGCGCAGUAGCAGGUUUUGGGCGUUGUUUCCUGAGGAAGGUUUCAACUGCCGUUCUCUCUCUCAUCAGGUAGAGCACGGAGGAAGAAGACGGAUGCAUUUGGCUUCAACUGGCGGCAGCUCGGCUCGCCCAUCUCAUCAUCGCACGGCCGGGAGUGCAUGCCGCCGCCAAGCUGUUGAUCGAUGAACGGCACAUUCUCCGAGCCAAGCCGAGUCGAAGCCGACGCCGAACUUAGAGCGGCUUGAUGCGGGCGAGAGAAGCUUCCCGGUUGCCACUUCGCUCGUGAUAAGGGUGGCGAGUUCUCAUUGGCUGUCAGAGGGUAAUUAAGAAAGCCAAUGCUCUGCUAAGAGGCUUAUAUAAACCAGCCAUUAGCCUCUCUUCUCCUCAAGAGUGAGGUCGCCUCCACCCCCAAGCCAAACCCAUUCCCCCCACCCUCCCCCCUUUCCCUCCACCUUCGGUGAGGUUGAGCGACCCUUUCGACGACCACAAGGUUUGCAUUUCUAAUCUCUCCUCCUCUGAAUCCCUCUCUGUAAUCCUCUGUCCUCUCGAAGAGAAAAAAUAUCUCAUUUUGAGGCCCUUUUCUGGUUCUUAGGGAGCGAGAGAUCCAGAGCUUGUGUGCUUUUCUCUCUUUUGAUCUUGAUCAACCCAGAGGGUUCUUUUUUCAUACCCUUUAGGUUCUUUUUUGUACGAUACAUACAGCUUCUUUCUCUUUGUUUUCUCCUCACCUGUUCUUUGGUUUUGUUGAAGAACCAGGUUAGGUUUCAACUUUUCUUUCCUCUUUCUCCCUUCCUAAAGGUCCCAUCUUUCUUCUGCUCUUCGUCCUUUUUGCCUUUCUUUUUCUUCCUUGGUUUUAGGAAGCAUAGAUUUCGCUUAGAUGACAUGGCCGCAGCUGUAGAUAUGCACGACGGCAAGCGAGUCUUCUCCGCAGACCCUUUUAGUGAUCUCAUGAAACCACUUGAACCUUCUAUAGCAGGUGCUUCCACCUCCUCUGCUUCUUCCUCCUCCAACUACACUGUCACCCAUUCCUCCCACUUUUAUUUUCCUCCUCCUCCUCCUCCCUCCUCCGUCUCACCCUCUUUCUUCCCCCCAUCCUCCACUCAUCAGAAUCACUCCUUUGAUGCCUACUCUCGUCAAAAUCCUACCUUUGCUUUCUGGUCCCAUCAAGAUCCCACCUUGUAUGGCUGCUCCCAGUCGCCGUCGAGCGCCGGCAUGGUCCCUGAAGGCUUUCUCGGCUUGGACCGCCAGGGCCUCGUCGGCUCGGUCGGGCUCACCCAUCUCAGCCCCGAGCAAAUCCAGCAGAUCCAAGCUGAAAUCCAACUCCAGCAGCAACUGAGCAUCGUCGGCAGGCAACUGCCGCCGAACCGCCACCACCAACACCAAGCUGCCGGCUUUCUUGCACCGAGGCCCCAGGCCAUGAAGCACGCCGGCUCGACCCCUCCGCCGAAGACCACGAAGCUCUACCGCGGAGUGAGGCAGCGCCACUGGGGAAAGUGGGUGGCCGAGAUCAGGCUGCCCAAGAACCGGACGCGCCUUUGGCUAGGGACCUUCGACACCGCCGAGGAGGCCGCGCUGGCUUACGACCAGGCGGCGUACCGGCUACGCGGGGAGUCGGCGAGGCUCAACUUUCCAGAAAACCGGCACGGCGCUGCCGACGGCGGCUCCCUCCACGCUUCUGUUGACGCCAAACUCCAAGCCAUUUGCCAAAGCUUGGCCAGUUCAUCGAAGCAGGGCAGCGCCAGCGGCGCCCUCUUGCCCACUGACACCACUAACCCCGACUCCAACGCUGCAACCAAGGUGGCGGCAGAGGGUGUCACGUCCAUGGUGGAGAUCUCAUCGGACGGGGAAGACUCUUCGGGGUCAUCGCCGGUGCUCGAGAUGCAGCAAUUGGACUUCACUGAGGUGCCUUGGGAUGAAUCAGAGAACUUUGUGCUGAAGAAGUACCCUUCAUGGGAGAUUGAUUGGGACUCCAUCCUCUCCCCAAGAACUUAGCAUGCUUGUUAUUUGUGCUAUCAGUUCCAGUUUAGUGGGCAGUGUGUGUAAAGUGGCUGUUGCAAAUGGGGUUUUAGACAUUUGCUCAGCUGCUGUCGGUAGUAGAAGAGUCACUGGGUCAGAAGUGUGUCUCGUAGCUACAUGAGCUCCUGGUUCUGCUGGUUAUUUUUAUUCGGCAUGACCAUGGUGGAUGAGCACAGUGUAGUCGGCUGUAGUCGUCACUCUUCUGCAAGAUUUGUAUAGCUUAUAUCA